UCAGGGUGUGGACGAUAACCUGGACAGGAAGUGUUUUGCACUGAAUGGUAUUCUGCAGCAUCUGACAGCCGGUUUGAGACCCAGUUCGGUAUAUCUGUCAAGUGCCUGUGAGGAUCACUUUCGCUGAUCUACCUGCCGAUGUGGAGUCCCGCCUGUCGAUCGGAGAUUAGAGAGAGAGAGGUGGCCGUGCAGAAUGCACUCUCCCACCGAGAUCGCACGAACGACCAUCAACAGGAGUCGGUAGGUGGAGACUGCCCUCCGCAACGAUGUCAGAAACACCAGGAACCGCUGAAACUCUACUGUAAGGCCGACAAGGAACUCCUUUGUGUGCUCUGCCGGGGCUCAAACGAACACACAAACCAUGACGUGGUAGUUGCUCAGGAAGCCGUCCAAGAGUUUAAGGAACGGCUGAAAGCAUUGCUCAGACCCCUCCAGAACAGGAAGAAUGAAUGCAAAACCUCAAAAAGGAGCUAUGAGAAAACAUUAACCACUAUUCAAGAGCGAACUAAUGUGGCGGAGAAACAGGUUAAGGAAACAUUUGACAAACUUCGUCAGUUUCUCUGUAAGGAGGAGAGAAAGGCUUUGCGAAAAUUGAAACAGGAAAAGAAGAAAAAGUGUCAGGCAACGAAGGCAAAAAUCGAGAAGAUAACUGAAGAAAUUGCAUCACUUUCUGCCACCAUUCAGGAGCUUGAACAGAAGCUGAGUGAAAUGGACGAAGUCAACUUUCUAAGGGAAUUGCCAGAAGCAGAGGAAGGCUACAGAGUGAAACGAGCUGCCAACAAUCCCGUCAAGGCUUGUCCCGUGGUAAAUGUGGGGAACUCCAUUGCUUCUCUCCAGUACAGUGUCUGGAAGAAGAUGCUGACCGUGAUCAAUACAGCUCCUGUCAUCUUGGACCCUUGUACUGCUCACCCUUAUCUUCUGCUCUCCGAGGGGUUCAGCAGCGUCAGUCACACCAUGCAAAGGCAGCAGCCGCUCCAUGACUGCCCAGAGAGAUUCGAUCCAUGCCUCUCUGUUCUUGGCUGCGAAGGCUACAGCUCAGGGAGGCACCACUGGGAAGUGGUGGUGGGCAGAAAGACGGAAUGGGACUUGGGCCUGGCUGCAGAAUCCAUUAACAGGAAAGACGUCAUUGACCUGAAUCCAAGGAAUGGAUGUUGGCUCAUAGCAUUGAGGGAUGGAAACCAAUACAGGGCUGCUACGGAGACAUGGAAGCACUUAAAUCUGCCGGUGAAACCCAAGAAGAUUCAAGUCUGCCUGGAUUAUGAAGGAGGGAAGAUUUCCUUUUACAACGCAGAUGACAAGACCCUUAUCUUCACUUUCACUGACCGCUUCACCGAGAGACUCUAUCCCUACUUUAGUCCGGGCCAUAAUGCUGGGGGAAGGAAUGCUGAGCCACUGAUAAUCUGUCCUCGAAGAGUAACAAUUCAAGAAGAGUAGGUUUUGAUUUUAAUCAAUGGUGGAUAUGGAAAUUUUAAAAAGUAAUAGAUUCUGGAUUCAAUCAGCAUCCAUGGGGAGUUGGUUCUUGGCACUUUACAAGUGUGAAACCUUGAAUUUGACCUGAGAGUAGGCUGUUGGGGAUUCCAGACAUUUUUUGCUUCAUGCCAGCUCCUUUGUUGCAUUGUCUAUUCAUUACUUUGGUCAGUUAAUAAGACCAUAAGACAUAGGAGCAGGAUUAGGCCAUUUGGCCCAUUAAACCUGCUGUCAUUUGAUCAUGGUUGAUUCAUUUUCCCUCUCAACACCAUUCUCCUGCCUUCUUCCGGUAACCAUAAGACAUGGGCACAGAAUUAGGCCAUUCCCUCUCAACCCCUUUCUCCUGCCUGCUCCCUGUAACCUUUGACGCCCUGACUAAUCAAGCAGAUGUCAACCUCCACUUUAAAUAUACCCAAAAAGUAUAGGCCCAGAACCAGCACACACUCUUCAUAUCUUAACCUUUUCAUUCCUGAAAUCAUUUUCAUUGACCUCUUCUAGACUCUGUCCAAUGCCAGCACAUCUUUUCCUAAUAAAGGGUCCAAAGAGUUCACAAUACACCAACAGCGGUCUGACCAAUGCCUUAUAAAUCCUCAGGCGUUUGCUUUCCUUACCACUAACUCAACCUACAAGUUAACCUUUAGGGAAUCCUGCACUAGGACUCUCAAGCCCCUUUGUACCACUGAUUUCUGAAUUUGCUCCCCAUUUAUAAAAGAGUGUCGGCCUUUAUUCCUCCUCGCAAAGUGCAUUGCCGUACACUUCCCAUGCAUCAGCCACUUUUUAGCCUAUUCUCCCAAUUUGUCUAAGUCCUUCUACAGACUCCCUGAUUCCUCAACAUUACCUGCCCUUCUACCUAUCUUCGUAUUGACCGCAAACUGAUCACAAAGCCAUCAAUUUCCCUGCAUGUCCUUACUAAUCAUGAACAUAUUAAUCUCUGCAGAUUCACCUCCCUCUUGCUAAAGAAAUUUCUCCUCAUCUCUGUUCUAAAGGGAUGUCCUUCUAUUCUGAAGCUGUGCCCUCUGGUCCUACAUUCAAUCUCACUUGCCUCCCAUCCUGCAGCUCAUUCCUUCUCUUCCUUUGCCUUUGGCUCCAUAUUGUUUUUGAAUGUUUGCAUUAGCAACAUGAUGAAGGUCUCUCUGUAUGUCUCUUUAUCUGUCUCUGUUUGUGUCCCUCUAUCUCUGGUGUCCCUCUGUCUCUGUCUCGAUGGCACUCAAUAAAAAUUGCAACAGACACUAGAAAUCUGAAACAAAAAAAAACAAAAAUGCUGGAAAAACUCAGCAGCCUCCAUGGAAGUAGAGUCAUAAAAUAUUUCUCUUGAUUUGUCAAAUUCAAGGUUUAGUGGUGAGCAAAUGCAAAAGCACCUAUACUUUUCCUCUGUUUGUAGGCGCAAGUUCUGAUAACGGGUAGCACAAUUGAAAGAGUGUAAUCUUGAGCAAUUUGGUGAUUUUUAAUAUGGAUUACAAUGCACUUUGUCAUUUGAUGUUGCAAAAUGCUUUUGAUCCACUUUUGCAAAUGUCCCAGUGACCGUGUCUGUGUCUUCCAGGGAAAUGAUUCAACAUUAAUCAAUAUUUUUCAGUGUCCCUUCCUUCUGGCAUAAGGCUUGCCCUGGGCCGUCCAGUUUGCCAAUGGCCAAUUGGGAUGCCAAGUGAAGAAACGAGAUGGUAGGUUGAUGCGAUGUGUUCUACAUUCUGAUCCUCCUAGCCACUCUGAUUUGUGGUCACACCACGUCAUCCAUGGCCUGUGCAGAUUGUGUCAGAGCCUUUUGCCAUCUUUGGGCAUAGUUAAAGCCUAGCCUCAUCUCAACUGUAAAAUUUCAGGACAUCUACAGCGGGCAGGAGACCAUUCAGCCUUCUGAGUCUAUUCUGACUCCAGCAAGCACUCUCCCGAUAGCUCUGAAAUUUCUUUCUCAGCUACUUCUCCAGCGACCCUUCGAACAUUGCAAUUGAACCUGCCCCGACUCUUCCCUCAGGCAGUGCCUUCCAGGCCCCAAACCAAUCGCUGAUUUUUUUUCCCCCUCGAAUUACUUUUGGUUCUUUUUGACAACACAGAGGCAAAACUGAUAGAGACUCUGCCUCAGCACCAGCGGCCCGGGUUCAAUUCCCGCAACUGUCUGUAAGGAGUUUGUACGUUCUCCCCGGGACCCGAUGCGAUUCUUCAACCAAUCCAAAGACGCGUGGUUAACUGAUCAUGGGUGUAAUUGGGUGGUGUGGGCUUGUGAGCUGGAAGGACCUGUUAUUGUGCUGUAGCUUUAAAUAUAAAAUUAUAAUAAAGAAAUAUAAUAUAACCCUGACUUUCGGUGCUUUUGUGUGGAGGUUGCUACUGUGCCUAUGACUACCUGGGUUUCCUUUGGGUGGUCUGGUCCCACGUACCAAGGACAUGUGGGCUGACUGUGGAGUAGGCAAUAGGAAACUGUUGAUCGUGCGUGUAUGAGUGGUCGAGUCUGUGGGGGGGGGAGCUGAUGAACAUGUGGGUGGUGUAGUCGUCUAACAAUAUUACAGCGUCAGCAACCCGGUUGAACUCCAGCACCAUCUGUAAGGUGUUUGUACAUUCUCCCCAUGACCAUGUGGAUCUCCUGUGGCUCCUCCCAUAUCCUCCCACAGUCCAAAGACAUACAGGGCAGUAGGUUAAUUACUUACAUGGGGUAGCUGGGUGUAUACAGGCUCUUUGGGCCAGAAGGACCUGGUACCAUUAAAAAGUUGAACAGAUUCUUACUCACUGCAGGUUAUUUUACCAAACGAUAAUAAGGCAUCCGUUAGUCUAGCGAGACCAUGGAUCUGUGCCUGGAAAGCCUUCACUCUCCAGGGCACAGGCCUGGACAAGGUUGUAUGGAAGACCAGCAGUUGUCCAUGCUGCAAGUCUCCCCUCUCCACGAGACCAAUGUUGUCCAAGGGAAGGGCAUUAGGACCCAUACAGCUUGGUACCAGUGUCGUCACAGAGCAAUGUGUGAUUAACUGCCUUGCUCAAGGACACAACAUGUUCCCUCAGCUGGGGCUCGAACUCACGACCUUCAGGUAGCUAGUCCAAUGCCCUAACCACUUGGCCACAUGCCCACGAUACACUUUAUUCAUAAAACAGGAAUACAAGGGAAUAUAGUGUCAGGAAGUAUAUGCUCAUGCACUUUGGUA